AUGAUAUUAAGGUUAAAAGUUGGAAUCCACUGUACUCUGGAAUCCAAUAUUACUCAAUAUUAUCGUACAAUAUUAUUGGGUGACCAAUAUUAUUGGUCUCAAUAUAUUGGCUAUACAAUAAUAUUGAGACUCGAUAUUAUUGGGUAUCCAGAAUAUUGUACAAUAUCUUCAGUAAUGAUUGGUAUUGGUACAUGCCUACAUCGUCAUGACUCUCGUGAACAGUUAUUUGGACAAAGGCCACGUCGUUUUUAA